AUGCCGGCUUCUUCACCGAGCUCACCUCAUUACAUCACCCAUUCUGCCAUCCGAACAAUUUCGCAUUUAUCAUCAACUGCCUCUACGUUGACCACCUCCUUCAACGCACCACAAUACAGCCCAACAUGUUCUCAAGGACAAUCCUCCGCUCAGUAUGUUGGCAAAAAAUCUCGCUCUUCUCUUCAACUUUGUCUAGCAACAAUCGCUAACCCAAGCGUCCAGAAUUUCGCACGGCAGGCCGUCCGCCCGGCCGCUCGCCCGAUUGCCUUCCGAGCUCCCCUCCCCUUCCUGACCCAGCACCGCCUUCUCUCCGACGAGACGCGCCAGGCGAUCGAAAGCGCCGUCGGCUCCGCGCCUGUCGUUCUCUUCAUGAAGGGCACCCCUGAGACCCCCCAGUGUGGCUUCUCCCGUGCCUCGAUCCAGAUCCUCGGCCUCCAGGGCGUCGACCCCUCCAAGUUUGCCGCCUUCAACGUGCUGGCCGACCCGGAGCUGCGCCAAGGUAUCAAGGAGUUCUCCGACUGGCCCACCAUCCCCCAGCUCUACGUCGACAAGGAGUUCGUCGGCGGCUGUGACAUUCUCGUCUCCAUGCACCAGAACGGCGAGCUGGCGAAGCUUCUCGAGGAGAAGAAGGUCCUCGCCGAGGCUGAGGGCGAGAAGAAGGAGUAA